GCCACUCCCCAGCCCCGCGCGGUGGGUGGCACCGAGCCCCAGCAUCCCCGAGCCUUCGCUGGCCGCCUCGGCUCCUCGCCGGGGACUGACGCUUCUGCGCGCUCCCCCGCGCGCGGGCCCGGCUGUCUGCCGCCAGAGACCACCCCCCCCCCCAGGAGGCGGCGCCGGACCCCCACCGCCCCGGGACCGCGAAUUCCGAACCCCCUAGGCUCUUUCGGCCCGGGAACGCGGAAGCAGGGCUCCGGCGACAUUGGGGCGAGCGGCGCGAGCCACCCCGCCACUGCCAUUUAUUUCUCUCUCCGCGAGAGCCUGGCGCGGCGCCGGGUGGCCCAACUUCACCUGUAGAAGACCCCUUCCCCCAGCAGGGCGCGGCCGGCGCCCCCCGAAAGCGGCCCCGCCUCGGGGAGCCCCUGGCUUGGUGGCGCACUCGAGGGCGAGCGCAGCGCAUCGGUGGACGCAGAUGCCCGUGGCACCGCGCCGCCCGCAGCGGGAGAAACUUGUGCGCCGCGGUCCUGGCGACACGGAGCGGGGUUCCGGCGACACGCAGUCCGGGGCUCAGGAGGAGAUGGACCCCCCGGAGCUCACCCGGCGACUGGCCACCGUGAUCACUCACGUCGAUGAAAUUAUGCAACAAGAAAUCAGGCCCUUGGGGGCAGUGGAUCUAAUGGAACAGCUUCACAGACAGUUUGCCAUCCUUUCAGGGGGCCGAGGGAAAGAUGGCGCCCCCAUCAUCACUUUUCCAGAGUUUGUGGGGUUCAAACACAUCCCUGAAGAGGACUUCCUGAAUGUCAUGACCUACCUGACUAGCAUCCCCAGUAUGGAGGCCGCCAGCAUCGGAUUCGUCAUUGUUAUCGACAGACGAAGGGACAAGUGGAGCUCCAUAAAGGCAUCCUUGACACGAAUAGCUGUAGCCUUUCCAGGAAACUUGCAACUCAUAUUUAUUCUUCGUCCAUCUCGCUUUAUCCAGAGGACAUUCACUGACAUUGGCAUUAAAUACUAUCGGGAUGAGUUUAGAAUGAAGGUGCCGAUUAUUAUGUUGAACUCUGUCUCUGACCUUCAUGGCUACAUUGACAAAAGUCAGCUGACAGAAGACUUGGGGGGAACUUUGGAAUAUCGUCAUAGUCAGUGGAUGAACCAUAGAACUGCGAUUGAAAAUUUUGCCUUGACAUUGAAGAACACUGCCCAGAUGCUCCAGACGUUUGGCAUGUACCUGGCCAUGACGGAGCUACCCAAAGGCAUUCUGUCUGCUGAAGAUCUUCUCAUGUGCCACACCAGGCAGCGGGACCAGUUGCAGGGUGAGCUGAAAGUACUUGGAAAGCAAGGGGCCACAUUGCUGUCAUGUAUUCAAGAACCAGCCACCAAAAAUCCCAUCAGCAAACUCAACCCCAGUGAACUGGAGAAUGUAGCUACCAUGGAAAGGUUGUUAGUACAGUUGGAUGAAACCGACAAAGCCUUUAGUCAGUUUUGGUUCGAGCAUCACCUGAAGCUAAACCAGUGCCUACAACUACAGCACUUUGAGCACAAUUUUUGUGAGGUGAAGCUUGUCCUGAACAAUUUGUUGACGGAACAGGCCGAGUUUACAGACAUCGGGGACAGUGUGAUGCGCGUGCAGCAGCUUCUGAAAGAACACAGAACCCUGGAGGGAAGAGGCCAGGAGCCCCUGGAGAAGGCCCGACUGCUUGCGCUAGUGGGGGACCAGCUCAUCCAAAGCCACCAUUACGCCGUGGACACCAUCAGGCCCAGAUGUGCAGAGCUCAGGCACCUCUGCGAUGACUUCAUCAACGAGAACAAGAGAAAAGAGGAGAUGUUAGGGAAGUCCUUGGAGCUGCACAGGCAGCUGGACAAGGUUAGCCAGUGGUGUGAAGCGGGAAUCUACCUCUUGGCUUCCCAAGCUGUAGACAAGUGCCAGUCUCGAGAGGGGGUUGACGUUGCUUUGAAUGACAUUGAGAUCUUCCUGGAUGCCUCCAAGGAUUACCAGCUUCCCAACCCCAGGGACUUCUACAACCAGUUUGAGCUGAUGCUCAACACUGACACGAAGGUCAAAGCCCAGAAAGUCCUGCAGAAGCUGACAGAUGUGCAGGAAAUAUUUCACAAGCGGCAGAUGAGUCUGAUGAAACUGGCGGCCAGACAGACUCGCCCAGUGCAGCCCGUGGCCCCCCAUCCUGAGUCCUCACCCAAAUGGGUAUCACCAAAAAACACCCAGCCCUCCACAUUGGCUUCUCUUCAGAAAACAUCUGAGGGAUCUUAUUUGGAGCCAGGUUUGGACUCUCUGGAAAAGGAAGGUGAUGUGACUAAAGUUGAAGUCAAGUUUCCUUCACUUCAGAACGAAGACAUUCUUGUGAGCAGCCAUGAUGGUGAGAACCUCGUACGGGAGCGGCUUGGUAGCCCUGAAAAUCUUUCCCCUAGCAGGCGAAUCAUCCGUGACUUACUUGAGACUGAAGAGAUGUAUAUAAAAGAAAUUAAGAGCAUAAUAGAUGGAUAUAUCACUCCAAUGGAUUAUAUUUGGCUGAGGCAUCUGAUUCCAGAUGUUCUUCUGAACAACAAGGACUCUCUCUUCGGGAAUAUUAGAGAACUCUAUGAAUUUCAUAACAGGACUUUUCUGAAAGAACUGGAAAAGUGCUCUGAAAACCCUGAGCUCCUGGCACGGUGUUUUCUCAAGCGAAAAGAAGAUCUUCAAAUAUAUUUAAAAUACCAUAAGAAUCUACCCCGGGCCAAGGCAAUUUGGCAAGAAUGUCAAGACUGCGCCUACUUUGGGGUAUGCCAGCGCCAACUGGAUCACAAUCUCCCCCUUCUGAAGUAUCUUGGCGGACCGAGCGAGAGGCUUGCGAAAUACCAGCAGCUGCUGAAGGGUCUGCUGGACCUUGUGUCUCCUGCGGAUUUGGAGAUAGACCGGGGUAACCUUGAAGGAGGUUCAACUAAGAGUGGGUCAAAGAGAACCAAGGACUCAGCACUCUCAGCCGAACUACAGCAAGCAGUGGCCAUGAUGGAGGAUUUGAUCAAGUCCUGUGAGUUGGCCGUGGACCUGGCAGCAGUUACUGGAUGUCCGGACGACGUCGGGAAACUGGGCAAGCUGUUGAUGUGCGACUCUUUCAGCGUCUGGAGCAUCCACAAGGACCGUUCGAAGAUGAAGGAUUUUAUCCGAUUUAAGCCCAGCCAGAGGCAGAUCUACCUCUUUGAAAGGGGCCUUGUGUUCUGUAAGAUCCGAGUGGAUCCCAGCGGCCAGGGCCUGUCCCCUCAGCACAGCUUUAAGAAGUCGAUGAAGUUGGCAACACUUUCAAUUCGCCCGCUGGGAAAGGGGAGCACCAAAAAGUUUGAGCUCUCCAACCAAAAUGGACUUGAGAAGUACAUCCUCCAGGCAGCUUCGAAAGAAACCAGAGAUUGCUGGUUUUCAGCAAUAAGUAAAUUAUUGAUGCAGCAGCAAAGCAGUAUUAAAGAUAAUUAUGAAGAUGAAGACAAUGACAAACAGAUCUCUCCCAAAUGCUGCUCCAGCCGGGAGCCGGUCUCCGACAGCCCUGAGGAUGGAGGGGUGCCCGGAGACCUGGAGAAGGAGAGCAGCGCGCUGAGUCUCUCGGGGCUGUUCCAGCUGGACGACAGCUACGAAGCCUGUCCCCCCGACUCCUCCCAGGAAGGGAGAGACAGCGGCAAGCAAGACCCGUAGGUGCGGAGGAGGAAAGACAGCGCGCGCGGGGGUCCCGGCGGCUCCCACGGAUUGAGCCGCAGCGCCCUGCGCAGAGCACCCGGCGGAGCAGCGCGGGCGGGAGUCCGCUGGCUUGGCGGGGCCCCGCGCGGGACACGACGGGUCCCAGGGCACGGGGAGGGGUGCCCGGGGACCCCGUCACCCCUGAGAGCCGCCCGGGCCCCGGCCUGCCCCGGGAGCGCUAGUCGCCCGCAGCCUGUUCCCUGCGACGCUCUAGAGCAGGAGCCCCAGCACCCCGGCUGACCUCGCGCGCCCCCCACUUCGUGGAACUAGGGGGUUGCCUGGGCCCCCGGGACGCGGCACGCGGGGCAGGUGUGACCUGCUUCCAGAAGGUUCCGUUUUCCAGAGCCACCACUGGGCCUGCGACGUUUGCGUUUCCACUGAUCCCUUUUGAGCGAGAAUUAAUUUUCCUUUUUAUUCAUUCUUCCUAAUUUUCAUUUCAUUUGAGGUUAUCGUUUAAUUUUAUAGCUUUAAGUCACCUGUUUAUAAUUACAUUAUCUUCAAACUAGGAUGUUGUUCUUUCUCUUCCUUUCUUCCUUCCUUCCUUCCUUCCUUCCUUCCUUCCUUCCUUCCUUCCUUCCUUCCUUCCUUCCUUCCUUCCUUCCUUCCUUCCUUUCUCUCUUUCUUACUUUCUUUCCUUGCUUUCUCUCUCCCUUCCUUCCUUUCUUUCCUUUUUUCUUCCUUCCUUCCUUUCUUUCUUUCUUUCUUUCUUUCUUUCUUUCUUUCUUUCUUUCUUUCUUUCUUUCUUUCUUUCUUUCUCUUUCUUUCCUUUUCUUUCCUUCUUUCUUUCUUUCUUUCUUUCUCUCCCUUCUUCCUUCCUUCCUUCUUUCCUUCCUUCCUUCCUUCCUUCCUUCCUUCCUUCCUUCCUUCCUUCAUUUCUUCUUUCACUCUUUCUAUUCCUUUCAUUCUUUCUCUUCCUUUCAUUCUUUUUCUCUCUCUUUCUCUCUUUCUUCCUUCCUUCCUUCUUUCCUUUCUUUUCUUCUUUUUUUCUUAUUAUUUAUUUUCAGUUACUUGCUCGUAGUUAUUUUAAGAGCUGGGGGCUUAGCUUGGUGGCAGAGCUCGUGCCUAGAAUAUAAACAUUCCUGAGUUCCAGACUCCAGCACACAUGUUCCAAAGUUAUGUAUCUUCAAAUUAAUUAGCCUGACAGUCAUUUAUGGCUGAGUUAUUUACUUUCAUAGUUGUUCUACUUUUCACUAUUGAGUUUUCAGUUGUUUUUUACAUUCAUUAGAGUUCAUUGGAAGUUUUAAAAAUUAUUUUAUUUCCAGAGUAAAAUCUUUUUAGUGAUUUUACGGGGUUUUUUUACAGCCAUUUAUUUUCAGUUAAUUUUUAUUUUGAGUUAUUUAUUUUGACCAUUCGCUAAUUUAUUGCAUUGUUUAACUUUACAAUGAAUUAAAUUGUAAUAAAUGACUUGGGUGGAAGUUAGUCCGUUUUGGGCAUUGUAUGCCUGAAUUUUUUUAGAAUUUCUGAUAUACGAAAGUUUUGAGUCAUUUUUCAGGAUUCCUGUUCUUUCUUUCAAGGAUGCCUUUGCCAUUUAAAUUAUUUUCCUAUUCUGUAUUUUUGCUUAUUCUGUUUUCAGAUUUAUUUAUUUUCAGGAUUAUUUAAUAUUAUAAUGAUUUUCAGUAAGGAUCCAUGCGAGAGAGAAAGAGAGAGAUGUACUAUACCAGUUAUUUUAACAGAGAGAAGUUAAUACAAGAAGACUUGCUACACCUGCCAGAGGUGUUAUGCUGAAAGGCCGUGUGGGACACGGGGACACGAAGCAUGAGACAGGCCGUAAGUGCAGGAAGCAGCUGGCAGCGGAAGGCGGAGGGAACCAAGGGACGCGGCUGGAUUCUUCCCGUCUUGGAGCCUGGAGGUGUCGGGACGGGGCCCUCUGAGAACAGGACGUUGGGUGCAGAGCUCUGUGGCACAGGGUGUGGGGAGAAGGUCAGACUGCAGGAACUGGAACCAAUGGUCAGUCCCAGGAUGUGGAGCCAUUACCAGGGGAUGGCGACAGGAAGUCUCUCUCCCCUUCCCAAGCCUCUGGGCAGCGCGCCCGCUUGGCAAGCCUGCCGGAGCAACAGGCUGUCACAUCUCCCUACCCGAGGACAGAAAGUAGCAGGGUAGACUGCGCCGAGCAUUCCAGAGGGUCAGGGUUAGUCUGGGGUUCGGACUGGGAACUGUAGGGGACACUAGACUUGGGCUCAGACUGAGUGCUCAGUCCUCUGGCUGGUGUCUGUGCUGGGGCCACGAAGAAGGAAACUGAGAGUCUCACUGUCCAUCCAGCUCUUUCCCUGUGUGGCUGGGAAGUGACCCACGAUGUCACGUGGCUUCGUGAAAUGUUUUCGACCGGCGAGCUGAGUUCUCGGGGCCCUUGACUCAGGGCCCCCCACCUUUUGCUAACAACAGAGUAUCUUUCGUGCUACUUUGUGUGUAUGUGUGUGUGUGUGUGUGAAAUGUGUGGACCAUAGUGAUGACUUGCACAACAAAAUAAAGCUCUUUCUAUACCCAGAGG